AUGUCCAUCAUCCACUCGCUCUUCUUCUUCUUCUUCUUCUUCUUCUUUUUCAGUCCUGCUCACUCUAUCAAAUGCUUCGGUGGCAGUGCGGAAUUUAGGAUGGAGAAAGGUACGUCUAAAGAAUUUAAGAGUACGUUUGAAUGUUCAGAUGAUUACGUGGAUUACAUCUGUCCGUCCUUGACUUCUUGUUACGUUCAUCUGAUAGUUGAGAAUGCGAAUCAGACGGAUGAGAAGAUGACGAUGGUGAAAGGAUGUGUGGAGAAGGCGAUGGAGGAGUCUUUCGAGAAUGUUGUGAGUCAUGUUUCGGGCGACGUGGCAUAUAAUUCAGCUUUUCAGAUGCCCUGCUCAACUAUUCAUUUCUCCAACAUCACGAGCGAUGAUGCCAUUCCAGCCGAGAUCAAAUGCACGUGUUCUAGAGUGAGUUUUUGAAAUGAAACCUAUCCAUCCAUUCUAUGUAUUUCAAGGACUUUUGCAACGGAAACUUCGAGGAUGAUCCCAAUGCGUCCACGGUGCUCCACAACAGUUUUUUCAGUUUUAUUCUACUUUUUAUUUCAAUUCUCAUUCGAUAA